AUGUUCGUCGAAACAUCUAUCAACACGCUCCCACUUGAGCUCUUAUCGGCCAUCUUCACACACGUACGCGACUCGAAAAAUGGACAAGAGUCAAUCGGACAAUGCCGUCUGGUCUCGCGACGAUUCCGGGAGCAUGCCUCGGUAUUAUUAAUCAAUGAGAUCACCGUCCGUCUAAGCUCAGAGUCGUUUACCGACCUGGAGACCAUCGCCUCUCAUCCUGUCUUCAGCAAGGGCGUGAAGAGAGUCAACAUCAAUGCGUCCUUCUACGAGGCUGAACUGGCGCAAAAUAAGCAGAUGUACAUGGCGGAGGCUCGAUCGCGGCUUUUACGACACUGGGAGACCAUGGAACGCAUGAGACAGUAUAGGAAACGGUACGAAGUCUCGGAUGAGUUAUUUAAUUGGCUGGGAGAGAUUGCCUGGGGAGGAAGCUCGGAUCUCCAGCAAUUGAUAGGAGGGGAUGCUCUGGAAACGGCACCUACACCUAUCCAGAUAUUGUUUCUUCGAAUGUACGACAUGUACGUGGCAAGAUUUGAUGAUCAGGAGACUCUGCGGAAGGAUAAUGCACAUAUCGGGCGCCUUGCCAAUGCCCUGUCUUCUUUACCAGGCCUCAUGUCGCUGAACUUGGAUGAUACGCACGGUCAGAGAAUUUUAUCCAAAACGGCGCAACUUGGGAAUGGCAAUCUUGCACCUGAAGAUUUUGAGGAUACCGGAUUCAAUCGCGACGUAUUACAACAUUUCGAUAAUGGAAUUCGCCAGUCCAGUUGGUCAGGGUCGUUCCAUACAAACGGGAAUCGUCGGCAUAACGGUGAAGUCGAAGCUUCGACAACUCCACCAGUGGAGAUGCUUGGAGAGCUUUGCUCUCAACUUGCAGAGAAAGGCAUCAGACCAAAGGAGUUCAAAAUCUCGCUGAAACCUCCCCCGGAUAUGCGAGUGUUGACGAUAACGUCCGUGCAGCAGGAGCGCAUGGAACAACUUGUCUCUCAUGCUUCCAGUCUGACAUUUCAUUUCGAUUUCUUCGCUCGUCCGCACAGUCUCCAAGAGAAUCCAAGACACGAGAUGCUUGCUCUCUGCUCCAUCACCAAGCCCUUCUUCAGCGCACCACAUCUCCAGACCCUGGAGAUCUACUUCAAAGAAUAUCCCAGAAAUAUCAUAAACGACUCAGAGCCCACCGUCUCUCUCAAUGAGAUCCUCCCAUUAGACAUGACCUGGCCACAACUGGAAACUCUACGUCUGAAGUACCAACCCAUGACGAUUGACGAGCUGAGAAGCUUAGUUAGUAGACAGCGGGAAAGCGUGCGUCAUCUUGAUCUCACGUCUCUCUGGCUCUUGACAGGCAGUGUCUAUGAUGUGUUGGAGGCGGCGCGGGGCUUUUCGAAGCUUGAAAAGGUGAUCAUGCCAUUCCCGAAGGGAUCUGGUUUUGAAGGUACUGGAACUUUAGACUUUGAGUGGCCUGCAGAAGAGAUUUCGCGGUAUUUGCUUCGGGAGACUGAUGUUCAUCCGCUUGGGGAUGAGUUGGUGUACAAGAGGAGAUGA